GCGCAGCCAUUGGCUCCUUCGCGCUCCCCUCGCUCUCGCCCGCCGGAGUCACCUUGGUCCCGGCGCGAGCGGAGCCGUCAUGGCGGCGUCGGGACCCGCCAAGCCCAAAACGUCGCCCAAGUCCGUCAAGUUCCUCUUCGGGGGCCUCGCCGGCAUGGCGGCCACUGUGUUUGUGCAGCCCCUGGACCUGGUGAAGAACCGGAUGCAGCUGAGCGGCGAAGGCGCCAAGACGAAGGAGUACAAGACCAGCUUCCACGCCGUGGGGAGCAUCCUCCGCAAGGAGGGCGUGCGGGGCAUCUACACCGGGCUGUCCGCCGGCCUCCUGCGCCAGGCCACCUACACCACCACCCGCCUGGGCAUCUACACCAUCCUCUUUGAGAAGCUCACCUCCUCCGACGGGACACCCCCCAACUUCUUCAUGAAGGCCGUGAUCGGGAUGACGGCGGGCGCCAUUGGGGCCUUUGUGGGCACGCCUGCCGAGGUGGCGCUCAUCCGCAUGACGGCCGACGGCAGGUUGCCUCCUGACCAAAGGAGGGGCUACACAAACGUCUUCAACGCGCUUCUGCGGAUAACCCGCGAGGAGGGGGUUCCCACGCUCUGGAGGGGCUGCGUCCCUACCAUGGCCAGAGCCGUCGUCGUCAACGCAGCCCAGCUGGCCUCCUACUCCCAGUCCAAGCAGUUCCUCCUUGAUUCGGGUUACUUCCGGGACAACAUCUUGUGCCACUUCUGUGCCAGCAUGAUCAGUGGUUUGGUGACGACUGCAGCCUCCAUGCCGGUGGAUAUUGCCAAGACCAGGAUCCAGAAUAUGCGGAUGAUUGAUGGGAAGCCGGAGUACCGGAACGGGCUGGACGUGCUGGUGAAAGUGAUCCGCUACGAGGGCUUCUUCAGCCUGUGGAAAGGCUUCACACCCUACUACGCGCGCCUGGGCCCCCACACUGUCCUCACCUUCAUCUUCCUCGAACAGAUGAACAAGUUCUACAAGCAGUUCUUCCUCAGUGCCUGAGUUUGGGGGAGCGAAGGAGAGACCCCCCCUCGACUCCUGGAGCUCCCCUUUCUCAAGUGCCAUGAGCGCACCUUCCGAGAGCCCCUUACCUGUGGGGAGGGAGGGGGUGCCUGCCUUCUCCCUCACCCCACCCCUUAAAAAUUCAUUUUUUCAGAGUGUGUCUAGGCCUGCUCUCCCCAUCUCUCUCUCACACACACACACAUCUAGCCGAUCAUGAGGCAGGAUUUCUCCCCUCCUGGUGCACUGUGGGCAGAUGGUGGAGAACGCUGUGUUUUUUUGGGGGUUAAAAUGCAUUUAAAAUUAUUUAUUGCCAGGGGAGUGGGGAGUUCUGGGCCGGGGGCCGCCGGUGGGACGUACCCUUUCCUUCCCCGCAACGGAACUGCCGCCUGGGUUGUGGCCGUGUGGCCAGUGACGGUUCCGCCGUCCCCAUCCCCAACUUUGCUUUCGACUUAGUAAAAACCAAUCAUGGUCUUAAAAACG